AUGGUUAGAAAGGAAGACCUCUUGAAAACUCUGGAGGAUUUGAGAGAUGAGGAAUUCGAGGACUUCAAGUGUCUCCUAAAGGAGGAAAGUCUGGCAGGACACCAAACCAUCAAAGCAUCCCAGCUGCAGAAUGCAGAGAGACAAGACAUCGUGGAUCUGAUGGUGCAGACCUACCAACUUCCUGGAGCUGUGGAGGCGACCAAGAAGCUUUUAAAGACGAUCAACAGGAAUGAUCUGCUGCAGAGUUUAUCAGACAUCAGCUCAGGACCAGAAGAGCAACAAGCUGCCAAACCAAGAGUCUGUGCUGGAGCCAAACUGAAGGCCUGUCUGGUGUUUCUGGGGAUUCUGGUGAUUCUGGUGUGUUGUGUCUUCAUCCCCUUGUUGGCAUCCAAAGACGGGACUGUGAUCAGCGUCCACCAUCCAUCAUCAUAUGAGACAACAACUCAGUAUGCAGUGGAUGUGACUCUUGAUCCUGAUACAGCACAUCCUGAACUCAUCCUGUCGGCUGAUAGGAAACAAGUAUAUCAUGGUGAUGUGAGGAAGAAUCUUCCAGACAACCCAAAGAGAUUUACACGUUAUGCAAUUGUGUUAGGAAAGCAGAGUUUCCCUUCAGGCAGAUUUUACUUUGAGGUUCAGGUUAAAGAGAAGACUAAAUGGGAUUUAGGAGUGGUCAGAGAGUCGAUCAACAGGAAGGGAAACAUCACUUUGAGUCCUAAGGAUGGUUUCUGGACUAUAUGGCUAAGAAAAGGAAAUGAGUACAAAGCUCUUGAUAGCCCUUCAGUCGUUCUCUCUCUGAAUCCUCAGCCUCAGAAGGUGGGGGUGUUUGUGGAUUAUGAGGAGGGUCUGGUCUCCUUUUAUGACGUAGAUGCUGCAGCUCUUAUCUACUCCUUUACUGGCUGCUCCUUCACUGAGAAACUCUACCCAUACUUUGAUCCCUGUUUUAAUGAUGGUGGUACAAACUCUGCCCCUCUGAUCAUCUGUCCUGUCAAUCAAACUGUCUGA